UAGAAACAGUUGGAGGUUGGAACCUUUGCUCAAACUAUUCCUUACAAGACUGAAUUCCCCAGGAGUCAAAACUCAAAACCAUCUUACGUCUGUCGUCGGUUAGCUUGGUAUCUUAGCUGCCAGGCACGCCUAUAUCGCUCAGUUAGGAAUAAGGAUGAAUACAAUUCUAUUAAAUAAAUAAAUACUUAGUUUCAACACCUGAAAAUUCAAGUUUGACAGCAUGCACCAUCAAUUACGUGACAUUGAAAAAUCCGCCCCCUUUAUCCUCUAGAAGGAAGGUUGAAAAACUUGCUAUAUAUAGGUCGUCAGCUUUGGGAAUGCAAUGAUGCACUGGUUCAGGUUUACCAAUUUGGUUUCGCUUGUAUUUCUGGGUUUUGGCUUCUUUCUGUAUUUUCACAUCUACCCAUCUUCUUCCCAUCAAAACAUGGCAGAAAACGCCCCCAAGUCUGUAUAUGAAUUCACUGUCAAGGACAUUCGCGGAAAUGAUGUAAGUUUAAGUGAAUACAGCGGGAAAGUUCUUCUGAUUGUGAAUGUUGCUUCAAAAUGUGGUUUAACGCACUCAAACUACAAGGAACUCAAUGUGUUGUAUGAAAAAUACAAAAACCAAGGAUUUGAGAUAUUGGCAUUUCCUUGCAACCAGUUUGCUGGACAAGAACCAGGUACCAAUGAACAUAUUCAGGAAGUAGCAUGCACAAUGUUCAAAGCAGAAUUCCCAAUUUUUGAUAAGGUUGACGUGAAUGGAAAGAAUUCAGCACCUCUUUACAAGUUUCUAAAAUCUGUAAAGGGUGGAUAUUUCGGAGAUGCUAUCAAGUGGAACUUCACAAAGUUUUUGGUAGAUAAAGAAGGGAAAGUUGUGGAGAGAUAUGCUCCAACUACAUCACCUCUCAAAAUUGAGAAGGACAUACAGAAACUACUAGGAUCGUCUUGAUUGUCGAGCAGCACACAAGGGACAUUGCCUGGAACUACCAGGGAGUACAUGGAUCUAAAGCUUGGUUAGUGUUUGGUGGGCAAAUCAGGAUGGAUGAUUUAUCUCUACACAGAUUAGUGGUGUUUAUCUCAUUGCUAGCUAAUGUAUCAGGAUGGAUGAUUACAAGUUCAACUAUAAAUAAUCUGUGUAGAGCUUUUACCCAUAGGGAUGGUUGCAAGGCUAGUCAUAAAAUAAUCUGUAAUAAUUUGUGACAGAUUUUCUCAAUGAAUCCAAAAACAAAAAACUACUUCCAUCAA